GAUAGACCAAGCAGACUUCACAUCUGUGCGUUGGCUUUGUGCUACCCUACAUGAGUUCACAGGAAUGCCACAUAAAAAUGAAUCCCCCCUCCCAUCCCAGGAGGCUGCAGUCCAGCUGUGCUGUCCUUUAGAGCCGCCCCAAACUCCACCUCAGUGAUCUAAAGCCUAGAUAAAGAGGCUGCUGAGGGUCUUCCCUAAUUCCAGAUCCACAGAGAAGCCACCUGGGGGUGGGAGGAAGCCCUAGGCAACCUGUCCCAAGAGACAGCAUCCUUACUAAGGUCUCACCAUGAAGAAUUACUUAUUUUUGCUUCUCGCGACAACUAUUUUCUCCUUCACCAGCUCUCAAGAUGCUGCAGAGGAGGUCCCCACUCCUGUAGUAGAAGAGGAAGAGGACCCUUUCUACAAGAGUCCACUCAAUAAGCUUGCAUCUUCUGCAUCAAACUUUGCCUAUGACCUUUACCGGGCUCAAGCCACUAAGUAUCCAAACACUAACAUCUUUAUGUCACCAUUGACUAUUGCAACAGUCCUUUCCAGCAUUUCCUUGGGUGGUGGACAGCGGACUGAAUCGCUAAUACAUCGUUCCCUGUACUAUGACCUGCUUAGUGAUCCAGAGCUUCAUGCCACUUAUAAAGAGUUACUUGCAAGCAUAUCUUCAAACCCAAAAGGGCUGAAAAGCACAUCCCGAGUGAUACUUGAGAGAAAGCUUAGAUUGCGUAUGGAUUUUGUGACUCAAUUGGAAAAGUACUACGGGAAUAAGCCCAGAGUUUUGUCAGGAAAUACUCGUCUUGAUUUGUCAGAGGCCAAUGAUUUUGUGCAAAAGAGAACCGACGGCAAAGUAGUGAAGUUCUUCAAGGAAGUGCCUUCAGGCAUCAGUGUCCUCCUGCUUGGGGCUGCAUAUUUUAAAGGUCAGUGGGUUCACAAAUUUAACCCCCGUGAAACUGCCCUUCGUGAUUUCCACACAGAUGAGCAGACAUCUGUUUCGGUUCCAAUGAUGUCAGCCAGAAAUGUCCCUGUGAGAUAUGGCCUAGACUCCGAUUUUAAUUGCAAGAUUGUCCAGCUGCCGUUGACUGGGGGAAUAAGCAUCAUGUUUUUCCUCCCUCUCACAGUCACUCAAAAUCUGACAUUAAUCGAAGAAGGUCUGACAUCAGAGUUUGUACAUGACAUUGAUCGGGCAUUGCAGUCAGUCAUCAUAACUCUGAGCAUACCUAAACUGAAGGUGGAGUAUGAAGCACAACUUGGAAGCACUCUUCAGGAGAUAAAACUUCAACCCCUCUUCUCAAGUCCUGACUUCAGUAAGAUCUCUUCCAAGUCAGUGAAGCUCACACAUGUUAUGCACAAGGCUCUCCUGGAAUUAAAUGAAGAAGGACAAGAAAAUAUACCAAAAAUAGACCCCAGCACUCGCAGCCAUUUCCCAUUGGAGUUUCACCUGGAUCACCCAUUCAUAUUUGUUCUCCGUUCUGAUAGCAAUGGUGCUCUUCUGUUCAUUGGAAAAGUCAUGAAUCCCAAAGCUGUUUCCCGUUAAGCAUAAUAUAUCCCAUUGUUUUUUGACUCUUGCCACUUAAAUGAUGACCCCCAACAAUUUAAUUCUGGAUUCUCAUACUUGCCACUGUGACUCUUCUUGCCCUCUUAAAAGUUUAACUUUCAACUCCAUAAGUGAUGUAUCUGCUCAAGAUUUGUUUCCAAAUUUUUAUAAAGCUGAAUACAAAUAAGGCGCUAUAAUAUAUGUACACAUUCUUCACUUAUGUUUUUUUGAUGACCUCCUGUACGAGAUUCUGUGUUGAACAAUUUCUUAAUAUGGUGCUGAAAGCUCUGUUUGAUACAGAGCUCCAAAUGCCCUUCAGAGAGAUAGAUAUAAAGGGGUUUUCUGGGCAAAAUUUUCUAGAAUUCUGCUGCAAUUUUGUGCAUAAACCCCUAUGUAGGGGAUUUGGAGCUAUGGAUUAUAUAUAUAUAUAUAUAUAUAUAUAUAUAUAUAUAUAAAAAUUUUUGCAGAGCUGUCUAUUUUUAGGUUGCUCUGAAACAGUGAAACAUCCCUAUUGGGAAUACUGCACAGGUUAUAGUAUAAAAUUGAGCUCAAUUGCUAAAUUUUUUUGCUUGACUUUGGAGAUAAGAGGUCAUGUAAACAUCAAAGUGUAGUUGUUGUGGCUAACAUAUGUUAUA